AUGGAGAUGGAUCGGUUGUUGUGGUGUGUUUGGAUAUUGUUUCACAUCCAUGUUAAUGGAUCCUUUGGUUGCUUGGAGUCAGAGAGAAUGGGUCUCUUGGAAAUAAAAGCUUGCAUCAACUAUCCAAAUGGAACUUCUCUGCGAUACUGGGACGAUAAAGAGAACAACUGUUGUGAUUGGCUAAACGUCGAGUGCAAGAACGGAAAAGUAAUCAAACUUCUACUCAAUGGCACAAGGGAGAACCAGUUAGGAUAUUGGUAUCUGAAUUCCUCACUGUUUCUUCCCUUUACAGACCUCGUAUAUCUAGACUUGAGUAAUUUGGGCCUAGCCGGUUGUGUUGAGCAUCAAGGUUUGAAGAUCUCAAGCAAGCUGAAAAUCCUGCGCUUGAAUUACAACCUGUUAAAAAAUGUUAGAACUCUACAAGCAUUGGGUGCUCUAUCGUCACUAAAGGUGUUACAUAUUAAGGCCAAUCAAUUGGAAGGAUUGGUUACAAAAGAGGGUUUGGAAGGGUUAAACGACUCGGAGGAAUUGUAUUUAGAUUAUUCUUCUAUUGACGCGAAUUUUUUGCAAAAUGUUGGAGUGAUAACUUCUUGUCAUUGGGAUAUGUUGGAUUCAACGGCAGACUACCAGACCAAGUUUAGGGUCGUUGCAGGUGGGACAUUAUUUUUUCUCUCUUGGUUGUUAGCAAACAAUACACAAUUGGGUUCUCUUAAUCUAAGAAAUAACUCCUUCUCAGAGCCUUUCCCAUUUUUGACUUCUUCUCCUUACAUAAACUCGAUUGAUAUCUCUGACAAUCAUAUUCAUGGUCAACUGCCAAUAAAUAUAGGUUCCAUCUUUCCCCGUUUAAGUUAUUUAAACUUGUCCAGAAAUGAAUUGGAAGGUAGGAUUCCGGCUUCAUUAGGUGAUCUGCAUUCUUUAUGGAGUUUAAACUUGUCUAACAAUUAUUUGUCGGGACAAAUACCUCAACAUUUUGCAAUUGGUUGCUCCUCCUUAAUGUUCCUCAAACUAUCCAACAAUAAUUUGGAUGGUCGGAUGCUUCCUGAUGUUGUGAACCUAACUAGCUUGGAAUUUUUAUAUUUGGACAAUAAACAUUUUGAAAGAAAGAUUCCAGAUAGCUUGUCUACCGCAUCGCUUUUGACAACAUUAGACAUUAGCAAUAACGACAUGUCUGGUCAUCUUCCAAUAUGGAUUGGGAAUAUUCUGCUUGGUUUAAAGGUACUUGUCAUGUCCAAAAAUCAUUUCCAAGGUCCAGUUCCUGUAGAAUUCUGCCAACUUGAUCAAUUGUCUCUGUUAGAUCUUUCCAAUAAUAAUUUGUCUGGACCAAUACCAUCUUGCUUCAACUCUUCAGAAAUACAACAUGUACGUCUGAAUCACAAGAAGCUAAGCGGCUCAUUGACAAAUGCAUUUGACCGCUGUUCUUCUUUGGUAACGUUAGAUCUUAGACACAAUAACCUAACUGGUUACAUUCCAAGUUAUAUUGGCAAACUUUCCUCAUUGAGUAUUCUUCUCCUCAAAUCUAAUAGUUUGGAGGGUGAAAUUCCUGUUCAAUUGUGCCACUUGGAAGGGUUAUCUAUACUGGAUCUUUCUGGAAACAAUCUUUCUGGUUCCAUAACUAAUAGUUUUAGUGACAUACCUUCUGAGGCAAUGCACGACGACGCAAUGAUGGUUGUGACACAAGUUGUGGAGUUCACCACAAAGAGUAAAUUGUAUGCAUACAGCGGUGAUAUACUUGACUACAUGUCAGGAUUGGAUCUCUCUCGCAACCUCUUAGCAGGGGAAAUCCCAUCUGUCAUUGGAUAUCUAAGUGAAAUCCAUGCACUAAACCUGUCGCAUAACAAUCGCAUUGUCUUCAGUGUGUCUCACAACAACUUAUCAGGUAGGACUCCGGACCAAAAGGCACAGUUUUCAACCUUUGAAAAAAGCAGUUACGAGGGAAAUCCUCUUCUUUGUGGACCUCCAAUACAUAACACUUGCACUAAAAUAGAACCGCCAUCGACAUUGCCUCAUCAGUACUCUUCAGAAGAGGAAGGUUUUAUGGAUUUUGGUGUUUUCUAUGUGACUUUCAUGGUCUCUUUCAUAAUUGCGUUGUUAGGAGUUAUUGCAGUUCUGUGCAUAGAUCCUUAUUGGAGACGAGCAUGGUUUCAUAUCGUGGAAGCUUGCUUUUAUUUUGUUCUUGACUGCUUUCUCAAGCUGUCCAACAAACGAGGGGUAGAAUUUUAA